CUGACCCGAAGCACUCUUCUCUGUCUCUCCAUGAAUUGGCUUCGCACUACUACCCGCCAGUCCAUCAUGUCCUCACCAGCAUCAUGCUCACCAUUCACCAAGGCUGUGGUGAGCUCGAUGCGUAAACUAUACCCGGAGUCAUUGGCCGACAAGAGCUUCGAUAAUACCGGCUUGCUCCUCGAAGCUCCCUUCGAUCCCUCCCGCCGACAGAGGAACUCCGUGCUCUUGACGAUCGAUCUCACCACGGCCGUUGCGGAUGAGGCAAUCCGGAGACGGGACUCUGCCGUGGUGGCGUACCAUCCAAUCAUCUUCCGCGGGCUCAAGGCCAUUACCCUCGAAAACACCCAACAACAGUCCCUCCUUCGAUUAGCACAGUACGGUAUCAGCGUCUACUCCCCACACACGGCAGUCGACACCGUCCCCGGUGGAAUGGCCGACUGGCUCUGCGACAUUGUCACGGGCUCCUUCUCUACCACCAAGCCGCCUCCAACCCACAGCCAGGUCGAAGCCGGGCUGUUCUACGCGGAGCCUGUAUACCCAGAACCCAGGCGCGCCGCCCGCACGGGGUCUACAGAGAAGUCAGUGCCCCAUAAGCGAACCACCAUCCAUCCGUCCCCACCACCGAUCCCCGAGGGAUUCGAGUCGGCCGGAGCGGGUCGUCUUAUUACCUUUGAGUCACCGCAACCUCUUCCAAGCCUCAUUGAAAACAUCUCGACGGGCACCGGAUAUCCAGCCGGGAUAACUAUUGCGCUCCCGCAGUCUAUCAAGUCGACCCGCGAUGCCACCAUCCGCACUGUAGGAGUCUGUCCCGGCUCCGGAUCGGGAGUUCUGCUUGGAGGAGGCAGUGAACUUCCAGAUUUGCUGGUCACGGGCGAGAUGAGCCACCACGAGGCACUGGCAGUGACAGAGCGCGGCUCUGUAGUGAUUGCGCUGUCGCACUCUAAUUCCGAGCGUGGUUAUCUGGGAACUGUCAUGCAGCAAAAACUCGCCGACGACCUGAAGCGGCAAUGGAAAGAAGAUAGGGAGACGGCACUGCGGUCUGUCGCAGAGAGCGCGAAACAGGGCGGUGCGGCGCCUGCUUCCGGCGCUGAGAGCGUUUAUCAGGACGAGAUGGUUGAAGUUGCUGUCAGUGAAGCGGAUCGUGAUCCGUAUGGGGUCAUGGUUAGCCGUAUUGCGCCAUCCGUAUAG